CCUCUGCUGCUGGGGCUGCUCAGCGAUCACUUUGGAAUUUGCUCCGCCUGGCGCACUGCAGCCCAGGACUCCUCUUCAACGAUGGUUUUCCGUCACACGUACUUCGCCGUCACCGCCCUGCUUGCUUCCGCAGCGAUCCUGGCUUCAGCUACGGCUGAGUCGAUCUGCACGCUCAGCGACUCCGAGACCUGCGCCGUCGACAGCCUCACCCCUUCAGACGACGAUGGCAGCGUCCUCAUCUACCCCGGAGGCUACACCCGCUGCGCUUUUGACGACUACACGGACUCGGUGACGACGUUCUCGACGAACUCCACGUACUUCUUCCAGGUAUUCCCAAACACGAACGCGGACAAGUCCAAGCUCAUGAUCUUUUUCCAGGGCGGCGGGGCCUGUGCAGACGAAGACACGUGUGCGUUCGGCCUGCAGUGCUCAUUGGGAGCGAGUGCGACGUUCACGACCGCUGCAACUUCCAGCAGUGCCGGUGUGCUGGACCGGUCGCUGGCGGACAACAUGUUCAAGGACUGGAACAUCGUGUUCAUCCCGUACUGCACCGGUGACAUCCACAUUGGCAAUCGAGUCAACGCAGCCUAUGAGAGCGGUAUUGAGGUUCUUCUGGGCAACACUCAGUGUCUCGGCCUUGACUACGCGACGCACAUGAACGGGUACAACAACACCAUGGCGGUGCUUGACUGGGCGAUCGAAAACUACCCAGAAGUCGACGACCUGAUCGUCGGCGGGGAGAGUGCUGGCUCGCUCGGUGCUCAAGUCCACAGUGCCAAGAUUGCUGACAUGUGGGACGUCAAGUCCAAGGGCACCCGCUUCUCGGUGCUAGCGGACAGCUACGUCGGCGUCGUCCCCAAGGACCACCCCGCUGCAGAACUGCUGGUGACUUACGGCGCAUGCACCAACGACUUCGGUUUGUCCGAAGAUAUCGUGGCGGCUUGUGAAGCUGGGACGGCGACCACCAUCGAGAUGAUCGAGGCGUUGCUCGAAGCGCAACCUGAAGGCAACUGGCUGUUCAUCGACAGCAAGGGAGACAAGACCCAGCGGUACUUCUACGCGCUCGUGGAUGAGGGUAUCCUCGGCUACCCGUUCUCGGAUCUGAUCUUCGAGGAAUACUUUUUCUCCAACAUGAGCGCGAUCACUGAUGCGUACCAGACUGUGAGCUCCAGAAUCACGACCUUCUACGUUGAAGGCACGAAGCACGUCUUCCUAGCCGACUCGAACUUCACGAGCUACGAAAGCGACGAGGGGUUGCUGCUCGGCGAUGUCAUCAACGCCUGGCUGGUCUCGAACUCGAGCUUGAACACGGGCGCCACCGCGGAACCGACAACUGGAGCUCCAAGCUCGACAACCGCCACUCCUGGUGCAACCACAAACACUACUCCGGGAAGCGCAAGUGCCACGACUUCGCCUAGUGGUACCUCAUCUCCCACCGCCACUUCAUCGCCAAGUGCAUCGUCUCCUUCAGCCACGACGACCUCGCCCAGUCCGACGACCACGGCGCCGCUCGCUUGUUAA